UAUAAAUUUUCAGUGUGUUAGAUGCUCAUGCUACACCGGGUCCUACCAGUGCAAUUAACAUUUAUUUAUAACAAACAAAAUGCGGAUUUUGAUCAUUAUUUCGGCUAUACUUUUGAGCAAAUGUUCCGAAGGCGCAGUAGACCAGGUUCUGGACCAAUGUUGCCUGACAGGGUCAAUCUGGGCAGAGGAGACAGGUCAACGGUGUGACUCCUAUCCUACUGCUGUGGAAGGGGUCCCGUUAGAGGCGCAACGCGAGUGCCGGGCCAUUCUAGAAGUCUGCUGCAUGAAAGCAAAACAAAAGCAACAGUGUGAUCGGGGUCACCAGGACGCUUUGGAAUAUCCAUCGUGUACAACGCGGAAUGUCUUCGGCGCGGAGCAAUAUUUGGAAUGCUGUCACUGCUGCCACUUGGGCGUGGCUCAGCGUGAGAUGGGCGGGGACUGUAACUUUCUCUCUGAUGUCGCUUUCGGAGGACCAUGUGACCGGAAGUUCAGAGAAUGUUGUAGUGGACCUGUAAACAAAACAGUUGAAAAUGACAUCGACGAAUGUGAAUUACAUCCGGGCGUGCUCUGCAGUCACCAAUGCGUAAACACGAUUGGUAGUUACCGUUGUGAAUGUGAACCGGGAUAUACUCUCCAUAGUGACGCCAGCACGUGUAUAUUGGACAACAGUGGAAUAAACUGUUCCCUGUACAAUCCCUGUGAACACCGCUGUGUUGACGACACUACCGGUGUCCAAUGCCAAUGUAACCAAGGUUACCAACUGGACGAAGACGGCGUCUCUUGUCGGGAUGUUGAUGAGUGCGUCCUUGGGACCUCCAACUGUAUCGGCGACACGAGAUGUGUCAACACAGACGGAGGAUUUAGUUGUGAACCAGUCACUACACCUGUCAGAGAGUGCCCGGAUGGAACGCAGUUUGACAUAGCUUCCGGCGAAUGCCGACCCAUAGUGACGUGUGACCAAGGAUAUGCUUACAAUACGGUGUCCCAGACAUGUGAUGACUUGGACGAGUGUACUGUUUUCCUCCAUAACUGUUAUGGAGCCUACAUGCUGUGUAGCAAUACCCCCGGCAGUUUUACCUGUCGCUGUGACGAUGGCUUCUAUUACAACAACUCCUCUAUGACGUGCCAGGAUAUCAAUGAAUGUGCCAAGAAUAACACCUGUCAGUCAACCCAGCGAUGUGAGAAUACGAUUGGCUCAUUCCGGUGUGGGCGUAUCCUUGGGUGUGGAACCGGAUACACUUUAGACGCAGACACCCAGCGGUGUGUCGAUCGGGACGAAUGUGCCCUGCGGACCCAUAACUGUGAAUCCGGAUACAACUGUGUCAAUAUCCAGGGAUCUUUCCGAUGUGUUCCGACACAGUGUCAGUUCGGAUACCGAUUUUCAUCCAAUUCCGGACGCUGUGAGCCAAUCAUUUGUCGACGUGGCCUGGAACCAAACAGACGUGGAACAUGUGUAGAUAUCAAUGAGUGCGAGCGUACCAAUAGGUGCAGACCGACAGAGAUUUGCAAAAACACAUACGGCUCUUAUCGCUGUCGGAGUAAGCUGGACUGCCAAUCGGGGCACGAGGUAGACCCAGUAACUCAGGUCUGUGUCGACAUUGAUGAGUGCAGUAGGAAUCUCCAUAACUGCCGAGAGAACCAGAGGUGUAUCAACCGUCCCGGAAGUUUCAUCUGCAACUGCCAAAAAGGAUACAGAGUUGGCAGAGAUGAUGCUUGUGAAGAUAUCAACGAGUGUGUGGACAGUUUCGUGUGCCCGUUUGACUCUGUGUGUGAAAACACCCAAGGCAGUUAUCGUUGUGGCUGUAACGAGGGUCUCAGGUCCGAGGGCAGGCGAUGUGUGGACAUCAACGAGUGUGAGGAUCCCAAUAUCUGCCAGUACCGCUGUCUGAACGUGUAUGGAUCAUUCCAUUGUCAAUGUAGGAGUGGGUACCAGCUUGCCGCAGACAAACGUAGCUGUGAAGAUAUCGACGAAUGUACACAGUUUGGAGGUCGACAUCGACUUUGUGGUGGGAACUGUAUCAAUACACCGGGAUCCUACAAGUGUGAAUGUCCGGAGGGAUGGACAUCAUAUGGCAGAGGACAGGCGUGUAGGGAUAUCGAUGAGUGCCAGAGACCGGGUAUUUGUGGGUCAGACCGUAUGUGUUUUAAUACCAAAGGAAGCUACAAGUGUCCCCAUGUUGUGUGUCCCCCGGGAUUCGCCAAGACCAUGCUGGGGCCUCGUCGUAACAGUGUCCGAUGUAAGCGUGAACAAUUUGAUUGUGAGCAGGGAGACGAGGAAUGUAGAAACUUGCCCUUUUCGCUGUCUUACAACUUCUUGUCCUUCCCGGCCAAUGUCAAAGUGCCGGCAGACCUGUUCGCUAUGUCAGGUCCCCAGUCACUAGAUAAGAGCUUCUCGUGGGAGCUCGAAGUGGUCAACGUUCGUCCACUCAGGGCUGAUGUCCGGCCGGUCAAUCGGGGCUACUUCUCUCUUAAGGAGAACAAUAACGAGGCAGUUGUGACCUUGGCAUACGGUGUCAACGGCCCACAAGACAUUCAGCUCAAACUGACAAUGAAUAUGAUGCAGAGAAGAACAAACGCUUACAUUGGCAAAGCUGUGUCGAAGAUUUACCUGUACAUCACUAGCAAAGGCCCAAUGAGGGGAAAGUAACUUAAUAUGACUAAAAAAUAACCGUUGGGCCAAACUUACAACUGAUUGUCGUCCUCCAUUUGAUAAUGCGGGGAAGCAUUAAUUGAAAUUUUCACUAGAUUGCUGUUUUAUGUCGUCAGAGCAACACCAAAAUACACAGUGGUGUUAUACAUUGUAACUUUUUAACAGGUUCUCUCUCAAGGACAAAACUGAAAAUAUAUCAGCAAUAUGAUAUAUUUGUAGGAAACGAGCGAUUAAUGUACAUGUAGAUCCUGUCUAUGAUACAUGGUCUAUGAAUCAUACAUUAAUGAUGGUAGACUCUAAAGUAGUUGCAAAGCAGUUGACGUAUUUUCAAAAAUACAGUAUCUUUAUAACUGAAAAAUCACAUUAUUUCAUUUAUUGAAUAUAACGGUGAAGUUUUGGGAUUAAUCCGGUACAGUAUAGGGUAGUAUAUGUAUGUUGAUCACAGCUUUUCGUCCGUAUCCCGUCUUGUUGAUUCAGAUGCCAAAUGCAUCUUUUAUCUCUGUCUCUCUGUCUCAUUAUUUCUACUGUCACAUUGGUCGUCUCAAUCUUUUUUGGUUACCCAAGAAAUACGUCUUUACACCAUAUACCAUAUCUGUCCCAUUACCCUGUCCCGUUACAUAGUAUACCGCUCUAUGCACUCGGCGUUUUAAAUGACAAUUAUUGUUGGAAACGAGACUGAUUGAAUAAAAUUGGAUAUAAAAUGAUGUCCUCAAAUAAGCUAUUCUAAGCAUUUUCGUUUUAUUGUGUUUUUUUUUUAUCCCAUAAAUGGCAUAUACUGUAUAUAUUACUAACUUUGUACCCAUAGUAAACUGUGUGUCGUUUGUAUAUCACAUUUUACAUUACUAGUAGUACACUGUAGUUAUCUUUACGUUGUUACACCAAAGAAAAGUCAACAUCAAACAUCAAUGAAAAUCCCUUUCUAUGAUGUUAUGGGUACAAUCAAGUUAAGGAAGAGAGAAAAUAGCAAAUGAAUGAAAAUACCGAUAGUUGAACUACGCAAGUGAUAUAUAUAUGGUUUUCCUGCAAAUUCCUCUCAAGACUAAUAUUUGUCUAGAAUUAUCUGAAAAUAACAACAUUUCAUGACACGCCUACUUUUGUAUCCAGCAUUGUGAUUGGUGUAUUGUAUGUAGUGAUUUUGUGUUCUGUGUUUUCAUUAGUCUUUGGCUGUUCACUGUGAAUUAAUCUAUAUUUAGUAGUUUUUUUAGAGGAGUCUAAUAUAAAAUUCACACCUGAAUUAUAUAGAAUUUAGAAUGGAAUUCUACUAACGACUAACUGAGAUACACGAGAUGUUCUGCAUAAACAGAAACCGUCUUUCGCUUUCAGCUAUACAAACAUAUCCUUUCUUAUUUUUGAGACAUUUAUAUGUUGGUCUACGAUUUUUAAUUUUCGGCUGAGAGUGACAAAUCCUACAAUAGUAUCUUGACUGAUGUCUUUUCCUAUUGAAAUAAAAUUCUAUGAUUUCAAAUUCAACAUUCCACGACUUUUGUUCUGAAUGAAAUAAUGCAAAAGUGUUUUUCUGACAUUUGUUACCGUUUUAAUAUGACCAUAGAACAGAAAGAUAGUUGUAAUAUGAGACAUUUACUUCACAUUGAUUUUGAAAUCAAUUCUAUACUAUAUGUCAGAUGAAUUGUAAUACUACAAAAAGAACUUUAUGACAUACUGCAAUAAAAAUUAGAUAUUUUUAAUUUCUUUUUGAUUUUAGUGUUUAUAAAAUUGGAUAUUACCGGCGAUUGUUGGGUGAUCAGGAAGGUAUAAAAACAGAUCCGGUAUUGAUGAUAUUGAAGCAUUCAUCACGUGUAAUUUUCAAUGUAGAAGUAUUCAUUUGAGCUUCAAAGACGUUUAGCAAUGUUCGCUUAAAAUUGAACUGCUUUUCAGCUAGUAUCAAUAAGAAACAUGGAUUCAUACAGGAAAAAAUAAAUGCCAUUUUGUAUCUUAA